UCAGCAUUCCGGCAAAUGGGGCUGGUUGCUCAGUCGAUCAGCCUCAAAUUCAUUUUUUGCCCUUAAUCCGUUUAAGAGCUUUCAGCUCGCAGUACGCAGCUGGGCCGAUAGCUGUAUCAUAAGAGUUGUUUUGCCGCCCAUGUCCCACUCAGAUUUGUCAAAGACAAUGAUUCCAAUCCUGGUGAGUGUUGGGGUGGUCGGGGUCGCAGUCCUGCUGAAGUACCUGUUAACUCCCUCUAACCCUUGGGAGACAGAUCGCAGGUCUAUACAACUUUUAAACAAACUGGGUGAAGGUUCCUUUGGUGCAGUCUAUAAAGGCUUAUGGAACAACAAAACUCUUGUUGCAGUGAAGACCCUUAAACAUGGCUCCAUGAACCCUCAGGACUUCCUAAAGGAGGCCCAGAUAAUGACGACAAUGUGUCAUCCCAACCUCGUAAAACUUUUAGCUGUCUGUACUACGAAAGAGCCCAUUUACAUCAUCACAGAGUUGAUGGAUGGAAGUCUGCUGGAUCACCUCAAAAAUGACCGGGGUAGAAGAAUAUGCCUUUCUGACCAGAUAAAGAUGGCAGCCCAAGUAGCUUCUGGAAUGGCCUAUCUGGAGUUGAAGAACUAUCUCCACAGGGACCUGGCUGCCAGGAACGUUCUGGUUGCCAAAAACAACAUCUGCAAGGUGGCUGACUUUGGCCUUGCCAGGGUUGUUAAUGCUACGCCAACGUCAUUUAACCAGACUGACGUCUAUUACAUACCUGUGGGGAAUGCCCUGUUCCCUUUGAGAUGGACAGCUCCCGAGGCAAUCGCCAGCGAGAAGUUCACCAUCAAGGGUGACGUGUGGUCCUUUGGCAUCUUGUUGUAUGAGAUCAUAACUUUUGGUGACAUGCCCUAUGCAGAAAUGAAUAACCACCAGGUCAAAGAGAUGGUUGCUAAUGGAUACAGGAUGGCUUGCCCAAGAGGCUGUCCCAGAGGCAUGUACUUGAUCAUGAUGGACUGCUGGAAGGCGAAUAAACAUGGCAGGCCCUCCUUUGAGACACUGCAUAAAAGUCUGGUAAACUUCAAACAGUUCUAGUCUUGAGUCUGGAAUAGGUGGAAUAAUAAUACCCAUACAUCCUCCCAUAUAAUUGUUAUGUAAAUAUUUAAGCAAUAAGGCCAGUUUGUUGGUAUAUGGCCAAUGUACCACAUCUUAGGCAAGACACCUCACAAAGUGCCUGGAUACAGCACUUAGAGCUCAUUUUGACUACAUCAGUGGCACCAGAGGAUGCCCUGAGGCCCAACACAUGUGUGCAGUGUUUUAGCCAGACCCCUGAAUGGAAGGUGUAUAACCUCACUAAGUUGCUUACCUGGUAACUAACAUGGUGCUCUGUUUCUGGUGCUGUUGCUGGUGAUUACGGAAUUGUUGUUGCGUCAUUGUCUUUGUCGUGGUAAAUUGACAACAUGGCACAAACCCCUGAUAUGCCUUUGUAUUAUUAUUAACCAGUUACACCGCAAAUACAACUUAACCUUGACCUGGAACUAUGAUGUAUAGCAUUCUCUUUUUUCAUGUUUGUGUGACAAACUUUUUCUUGUAUGUAUUUUGAACAGAACAAAUAAUAUUUUGGAACCUGUGGAGUAUGUAUGGGAGAAAGCAACAAUGUGAUCUCAGAACAAUAUAUGACACUUUGCUAUUUGUCUUACCCUGUGGUUAAUAAAUUGAAAUAAUCAACUGCU